CACCGAGGAAGAGAAGACGAAGAAGAAGGCGACCAUGUUGAUUUAAAGGAAGAAGAAACACAAUAGAGACGAUUUAUUUCAAGUAAAAUUCAGUUAUUAAAGCGAAUUGUAAAGUAAUUAGUUGAUCAACUGCACACUGAGUAUACCUUGUAAAAUAACAGAGAAACUAAGGUUACAAGUCUAAGUUGUCGGCUGACUUUGAGGAGGCAGCGGGUUGAUCACGACCACACUCACAAACUUCACACACCGACCUGAAGACCUGUGGUGUCCGGUCAGAGAGAGAGGGACGAACACCUGGAGGAGAAAGGAAACGCACACUGAGGACUCAAAAGGGGUGGAAAGCUUUUUUUGGCUUUGGACUAGAAAACCCCUUGUAUUUGUGAAUUCAGGAUCCAGUUUUUUUCACACAGUGGAGCAACAUAUAUCCACACAGUGGAAAUAAACGGAAAACAUUACAGACUAUAUGAUUUUGGGGAAGUACUUGUACAAAGUUGGACAACCUUUUUUUCAAGGACAGGAAUAUUGAGCCACUCUAUGGACUCAAAGUGGAAAGAGGAACAUUGUUCCAUUUAGAAACAGAAGUUUAAGAGUUGAACUAAGAUUAUAUUGAAGAGGCUGUUCCCCAAGUUCAGAUUGCCUUAGUUGUUCUAUUUCAGGACUUGAACCGCUUUGAUACUUGUUCACAUAUAAUUUUUCUAUAUUGUGGGCAAGUAUAUUCAUGCAUAUGAAUGCAGAUUUCUCUUCAUUUUGAAGAGCUCUUGUGUAAAAACGUGUUUUUGUUUUUUUUGUUCUUGUACGUCAGUCACUCUGUUGUUGAAGGGGACCGAACUGCACGUACAUGUGUAUAUGUAAAUACUACAAAUUGACUUCUGUUGUAAAAGCUUUGGACUUAAAAAUAAUAGAGAAUAUUGUUUGUUAAUGCUUUAUUAAACUUUUUUACUUUUGAAAAGAAUUUUUAAAAAGAAAAACCUAAGAGGCAAAAAUCUAAUACUUUGAAGAAAGAAAAAAACAAAAGCAAGGAAAACAGGAAAAAUGGCAACUGCCAGAACAGAAAACGUUGGCCCAGUCAUCAUGGGACUGAACAAGCAGAAUGGGCAGCUCAGAGGACAGACCAAACCAGCUUCAGUCCAGCCAGCACCCACAAUGUCAAAGGCUUUGGGUGCACACCAGAUAGUGGGCGGUGCCGCUCAGGAUGGAGGAGGCAUCAAGUUUGGAGAUGACUGGAAAAAGAGCCUAAAGCUCCCUCCCAAAGACACCAGGGUCAAAACCUCAGAUGUGACGUCCACUAAGGGGAAUGAAUUUGAAGAUUACUGUCUCAAAAGAGAACUUCUGAUGGGCAUCUUUGAGAUGGGCUGGGAGAAACCUUCCCCUAUCCAGGAGGAGAGCAUUCCCAUCGCCCUGUCUGGACGGGAUAUUUUGGCUCGUGCUAAGAAUGGAACAGGGAAAAGUGGAGCCUAUCUCAUCCCACUGCUGGAGAGAAUAGACCUGAAAAAGGACCACAUACAGGCACUUGUCAUGGUGCCCACCCGGGAGCUGGCACUACAGGUGAGCCAGAUCUCCAUCCAGAUCAGCAAACACCUGGGGGGAGUCAAAGUCAUGGCCACCACCGGGGGCACCAACCUGCGAGAUGACAUCAUGCGUCUGGAUGAGACCGUGCAUGUGGUCAUUGCCACGCCUGGUAGGAUCCUGGACUUGAUAAAGAAGGGAGUGGCAAAGGUGGAUAGAGUCCAGAUGAUGGUGAUGGAUGAGGCGGAUAAGCUGCUGUCUCAGGACUUUGUGGUGCUUAUCGAGGAUAUCAUCAGCUUCCUGGCCAAGAACAGGCAGAUCCUGCUCUACUCUGCAACGUUCCCCAUCAGCGUGCAGAAGUUCAUGGCCAAGCACCUUCAGAAACCCUAUGAGAUAAACCUGAUGGAGGAGCUGACUCUGAAGGGCAUUACUCAAUACUACGCCUACGUCACGGAGAGGCAGAAAGUUCACUGCCUCAACACACUGUUCUCCAGGCUUCAGAUCAACCAGUCGAUCAUCUUCUGUAACUCCACUCAGAGGGUGGAGCUCUUGGCCAAGAAGAUCACUCAGCUGGGCUACUCCUGCUUCUACAUCCAUGCCAAGAUGAUGCAGGAAUACAGAAACCGUGUGUUCCAUGACUUCAGGAAUGGACUGUGCAGAAACCUUGUCUGCACAGAUCUCUUUACCAGGGGUAUUGACAUCCAGGCUGUCAAUGUAGUCAUCAACUUCGACUUCCCCAAGAAUGCUGAGACGUAUCUCCAUCGUAUUGGAAGAUCAGGGAGGUUUGGUCACCUGGGCUUGGCAAUCAACCUGAUCACAUCAGAGGACCGCUUCAACCUGAAGUCCAUCGAAGACCAGCUGGUGACCGACAUCAAGCCCAUUCCCAGCAGCAUCGACAAGAGCCUCUAUGUGGCCGAGUUUCAUACGUCCGGCGCUGACUGUGACGUGGAGGAGAUUGAGGAGAAACCAGGACGCCAACAGGACGGCACUUAAAACAGGACACGCCGGGCUUUUGCACAGACAUCAGUGCUUGCACACAGGCUUCAGGCAACUCCUCUGUUUCACAUUUCACACUUGUUUUCAAAGCCUGUCAAAUGGAUGUAAAGGCUGUUUUUUCAAAAAGAGCGGCUUCAUUCUUUUUUUAAUUAAGAAACUAUUGUUGUUUUGCACCAAACUCAGAAUUGGACCAUGCAUCUGCAUAUAAGCUUAGUGUAUUUAUAUCUUAUGAUUUAUCUUGGUUAAACAGCACUUGCUGUUGAAACAGACAGCAGUGCAAAUGAGAAUCAAAGCUGUUUUGAACUUGUCCUUCUUGGAGACCGUUUCCAUUGUCAGCAGCCAGGUUGGUCUCUUUUUAAUGUUACAAUGGUGCACAUACACCAGCCAUCGUUCUGUCCACUUACACUGUUGUUGUCACUUAAGUGCCUUACUUACUCCCAUGUGCACUCAUCCAUUCAUAGCCUGCUGUCUUCUGUCAUGCAGCAGAGUACGAGCACAAAUAUGAUGAAUUUAAUAGUAACCCGAGUUUAUUUAAAACCUACAUUAUGCAAGAGAAAAAGACAACACACACACACUCUCCUGCUGAGGUGUGUUGCAACGCGGCUCAAACUCCUUUAAAAACCAUCCUGAAUGUGAACGUUUAUUUUUAAUGUGAACGUUGCAAUAAAUAAGGGCAGCUUUAUUUAAAUACUGCGUGACUGUUUUCCCCUUUCACUAUGAAUAACACAUGAGCAGAGUUAAUACGAGACACAAGCCCCCAUACUGAUUCAUAGAUGUUAACCUGCGACCACACAACAGCACGGGAGAUUGAUAGCAGCCUCAUACGAUUAGGCUGUUGCUGGGGAGUUUGCCCGCAGACAGCUUUUGUCUGGAGAUUCUUUUACAUUUGAGAAAAUAAAUUCUUAUUGGGCUGGUGAAUAGUGUCGACCCAUCGACCACUGAAGCUGGUAGAUGAAGAACUGUUCUCCUCUCCUGCAUGCUGCUACAGCACAGCAUUAAUGCAUCACAGGCGGCUUCAGAACAGCUUUGAUAGAAACAUUUGCUGUUGAUGAGCUGAUGGCUGAUGACACAAUUGAGUAUUAACAGGUCCAGGGAAUAAAUUGUUUUUGAUGACGUUGGUGCAAAACAAUAGUUUGAAUUUAGAAUUUUCUUUUUUUUUUCUUUCCAAACUGCUUCAGAUUCAGUUAUAUUGUGUGGAAAUACAAGGUGGAAUUAAUUACAGGAGCAUAUUUGCUAAUCCUAAAGUAAAACUUUUCUUUUUAAGCCCCAUCAUGACAAAAUUGAAGUGAAAUAUUCUCCCAAUGCCAAGCUCUUGAGUAUAUUUAGACAUUUUGUAUUGCUGCUGUUACAUUAGAAACUCCUUCAGGCUCUAUAAAAUGAUGUACUGGAUAUGAAAUGGUUUCAUAAACCAUCGGGUCUUUAAAGGACUACAUUGACCUUCAAUUGAACUACAACUAAAAUGAGAAAAGUCUGUUUUCUUUCUGCAGCAGCAAUAUCGUUUUUCUUUUUUUUUCAUAGCACAGAUAUGUUUUAUAAUUAUAAAGAUGUGAGGGGUGGGCUCUGUUUGAAAGCAAAAUUGUAGCAUCUCUGAACAGGCAGCUGCGUCACUAAUGAUGAAAAAAAAUGCAUAAAAAAAGAAAGAAUUUUUGCUUUUAAAAUUUAUUUUUGAUGUUCUUUAAAGCUGUUUGAAGAGGGGAGGGAGCAGACUGAGGUUUAGUUUACAGAAGCCAAGUGUUUUAUCAGAUGCUUUCUGGGCAUCUUUCCCUUCUCUCUGGUACUUAAAGCAAAGACAAAAGCUUCAAUUUAAAGUUAUUUUUACCAUUAAAAUUCCUUGUUUUCUUCGUGUUUUAAGUGCCAGAGAGUGUUAAGUUACACAGGAGAGAGUUCUGGAAAGUGUUGAAGCACUAUGAUCUUGAACCUGUUCCAUGUUUGUGUGACGGAUGAUCAAAGUGCUUCGAUUUAUUUUCAGCAACUCAAUCUAUUGUCUUCUGGCGCAACCUUUUAUACGAGGUGUUUAUGAAUCAUUUUCAGCAAACGAAAUUGUAAAUGAUUCAUUGUUUACACUAGUCGUUUACAAUUCUACAAAAGGAGUUUGUAUUUUGUUCCUUUUUUUUUUUUUCUUGAAAUAGAUUUUUGGGAUUUACAUUGAAGCAAAACCAAAAGUGUGUGUGUGUGUGUGUGUGUG